AGGGUGCCAAAAGGAGAGAGGGAGCAAGAGAGAGCGAAAGGGAAGAAGACGCAAAAUAAUUUUGUACUUAGGGAUAAUCAGAGAGGAAACCCCCCAUCUAAUACAUGUCUUGUGUGGAUUAUGAUUUUUUAUUUUUAUUUUUACUGCACACUAAGAGCCCUUUUUAGACUGGUUUCAUCACUUCAGCAGCACUGCGCUUCAUUGGAAUGUGCGCUGUAUCCUCGCCGGGACGCAUCAGAAACGCAAGUGGUGCUUGUUGAGCUGAAUAAAAAUAGCUUUUGCAGUAAUCAAAGGCCAUUCUAAAAUAUCAAAAAUGCCUCUCUUUUGACGGGACUACACAAAAAACGUCGGAUAGGUUUCUCCGAACGCCUUAUAACAUUUUUGGAGACUUUUACGCAUUUUGGAGACUUUUUUCCUCCUGAUUAAAAUGGGUGAUGGGAAUUGACGCUUCAUUGAAUCAAAGAGGAUAAUAACGUAUAGAACCAUUUUCCCCAAGUGCACUUGUUUUUCCGGCGAUGAUUGUGCUUUUGAUUGUCCUGUGCAUCACGGAUGGAGUGCUCUCUCAGAUACGCUACUCUGUGCCGGAGGAGGCAGACCACGGCACCCUGGUGGGGAAUAUCGCCGAGGACUUGGGACUGGAUCUCACCAAGCUCGCCUCCCGCCGCUUCCAGGUCGUGCCCAGCUCGCGGACACCGUACCUGGAGGUGAACUUGGAGAACGGCGUCCUGUUCGUCAACGAGAAGAUCGACAGGGAGCAGAUCUGUAAGCAGAGUGCCAGCUGCCAGCUGAACAUGGAGGUGUUCCUGGAGAACCCGCUGGAGCUGUUCCGGGUGGAGAUAGAGGUGGUGGACAUAAACGACAACCCGCCCAGCUUCCCAGAGACGGACAUCACGGUGGAGAUCUCGGAGAGCGCCACUCCGGGCACGCGUUUCCCUCUGGAAAGCGCAUUCGACCCGGACGUUGGCUCCAACGCUUUACGCACGUACGAUAUCACCACAAACAACUACUUCUAUCUGGAUGUGCAGACACAGACGGACGGCAACAAGUUCGCGGAACUCGUGCUGGAGAAGCCGCUGGACAGGGAGCAGCAGGCGGCGCACAGGUAUGUACUGACCGCGGUGGACGGGGGUCAGCCUCCCCGGACCGGCACCGCGCUCCUGGUGGUCAAAGUUCUGGACUCCAACGAUAAUGUUCCCGUGUUUGACCAGCCCGUAUAUACUGUGAGCCUUCCGGAGAACGCACCGGUCGGCACACUCGUUAUUCAGUUAAACGCCACCGACUUAGACGAGGGUCUUAACGGGGAGAUCGUUUAUUCCUUUAGUAACCACAUCUCCAACCGCGUCAAGGACCUGUUCAGCAUAGACGCGCGUACCGGGCGCAUCGAAGUGCGCGGCGAGGUGGAUUUCGAGGAGAGCAGCCUGUACCAGAUCUUCGUCCAGGCUAAAGAUCUGGGGCCAAACGCCGUGCCCGCGCACUGCAAAGUCCUGGUCAAAGUGACCGACGUGAACGACAACGCACCGGAGAUCACCUUCAGCACCGUGACCGAGUCGGUGAGCGAGAAGGCGGCCCCUGGCACCGUCAUUGCGCUGCUGAGCGUUACGGACCGGGACGCGGAGGAGAACGGGCAGAUCCACGUGGAAAUCCUGGGCGACGUCCCGUUCAAAUUAAAAUCGUCUUUUAGGAAUUAUUUCACCAUUGUAACUGACGGGCCGCUGAAUAGGGAGCAGGCGGACUCCUAUUCCGUGACCGUAGCGGCUCGGGAUAAAGGUGCGCCCUCCCUCGCCACCACCAAGUCCAUUAAAGUGCAAGUGUCUGAUGAGAACGACAACGCACCGACGUUUACGCAGCCUAUAUAUGAUGUGUAUGUGACUGAGAAUAAUGUGCCAGGGGCUUACAUCCACGCUGUGACUGCUCUGGACCCAGACAUAGGGCAGAAUGCUCUCAUAAGCUAUUCCAUCCUAGAGUGUGAUAUCCAGGGCAUGUCAGUGAAAACCUAUGUGUCAAUCAAUGAGGAGACAGGCUAUCUCUAUGCCCUUAGGUCAUUUGAUUAUGAGCAGCUGAAGGAUUUCACCUUCAUGGUCCAGGCGAAAGAUGCAGGCAGUCCAGAGCUCUCCUCCAACGCCACAGUAAAAGUCAUCAUUGUGGACCAGAAUGAUAAUGUCCCCCUGGUGCUCGCCCCCCUGGGGAAGAACGGCACAGCCAGGGAGCCUCUGCCCCGCUCGGCUGAACCGGGCUACCUGGUCACCCGCAUCGUGGCCAUGGACGCCGACGAUGGUGAGAAUGCUCGGCUGUCCUACAGCAUCCAGAGGGGGAACGAGAAUGGCAUGUUCCGUAUGGACUGGAGGACCGGUGAGCUACGAACAGCCCGGCGGGUGUCAGCCAAGCGGGACCCCCACCAACUCUACGACCUGCUGAUUGAGGUGAGGGACCAUGGCCAGCCGCCCCUGUCUUCCAGCGCCAGCGUCCUGGUGGUGCUGGUGGACAGCGUGGCUGAGGGCCGCGGCGGCGGGGAGAGGGGAGGCGCCGCCAAGGCCAAAGACGGCACCCUGGAUCUCACCCUCAUCCUCAUCAUCGCCCUGGGCUCCGUCUCCUUCAUCUUCCUCCUGGCCAUGAUUGUGCUGGCGGUGCGCUGCCAGAAGGACAAAAAGCUCAACAUCUACACCUGCCUGACCAGCGAGUGCUGCCUGGGCUGCAGCUCCUGCUGCUCCCGGCAGGCCCGCGCCCGCAAGAAAAAGCUCAGCAAGUCGGAUAUCAUGCUGGUGCAGAGUGCUGUUAACGUCGCCGGGGCUGGUACGGCCCAGGUGCCCGUGGAGGAGUCGGGGAGUUUCGGCUCCCACCACCAAAACCAGAACUAUUGCUACCAGGUAUGUCUGACUCCAGAGUCUGCCAAAACCGACCUCAUGUUCCUAAAGCCGUGUAGUCCGUCUAGGAGCACAGACACCGAUCACAACCCGUGUGGGGCCAUAGUGACAGGGUACACAGACCAGCAGCCUGACAUCAUAUCAAACGGCAGCAUUUUAUCAAACGAGACCAAACACCAGCGAGCUGAACUCAGCUACCUAGUUGACAGACCGAGGCGUGUCAACAGUUCGGCGUUCCAGGAGGCAGACCUGGUCAGCUCCAAAGACAGCGGCCACGGAGACAGCGAGCAGGGAGACAGCGACCACGAUGCUACCAAUCGAGGCCAUUCUUCCGGCGCUGAUCUGUUCUCUAACUGUACGGAGGAGUGCAAAGCCCUGGGCCACUCCGACCGCUGCUGGAUGCCAACCUUCGUGCCCUCUGACGGGCGCCAGGGCCCGGACUACCGCAGCAACCUCCACGUGCCCGGCAUGGACUCAGUCCCGGACACUGAGGUAUUUGAAAGCCCCGAGCAAACGGCUGAUAAGUCAUUCUCCACCUUUGGCAAAGAGACGCCUCUCAGUCACCAACACCAACACCUCCACAACAACCAAAACCACCACCACCACCACCACCACCUCCUCCUCCAAAACAACCACCAUCACCUCAGCCACCACCCCGCCCAAGGCUCGCUAGAGAGGAAAGAGUUGGAGGCAUUUCUGCCUAGCGCCAGAGCACCUUAUAACCCGGCCUAUUUAACGAGGAAAAGGGUUUGCUAGCUCCUUUCGCGUGGACAUACCGGAGACCGCGUGACUUUGCACAAUCAGUCCCCGACGACAAAGGCUAAACAAACAAACAAACAAACAAACAAAAAACGACAACAAAAGAGCAUCAAGUUUUCAACUCCAUUUCCUUAGCAAGCCCACGCCUGACGUUGCCCUCCCCCCCCGCCACACCCAGCGAUAAACAGCAACAGCAACACAUACACACACUAAGACACACUAAAUGAGGAACUCUGUGGGUUAACGAUCCCCUUAGGAAUUGAAGCAUUCCCCUUUCUGGAUUUCCUUGGAGCACUGCCGGGCUUUGGAGACACCCUGCCCCACAGGGAUUGGGGAAUGGUCGGAAGUGCGGCGUUGCGACGCGAGGGGGGGGGGUGGAUGGAUGGUCGCAGGCAGGUAGACGGAUAGCCUUAUCGGGAGGACCCCGCCACUCUCAGCAGGACUGAGAAACGAGUUGAGAACCGACGGAGGAAGAGAAAGGAUGGCGGAGAGCGGAAGGACACUUACCUCUCCAUCCUUUUCCAAUCUGCGUGUGCCUGUUUACAGCACUAAUGUAUACAUCUUUAAGAAAAUCGAGGAACAGAAAAACACAAGGACGAAAAAUACAAAAAAAAAAAAACAACAACAACGACGAAAAAAAAAAACAAAAAAACAUGAAAAGACAAAUCGAAACAAGAGCCAACCGGAAAAACCGCCACUGAGCCCUUUAGGCGUUUGUACUCGCAGAGAGACGCCAAAUUGUACAGGAGAAUCUUUGUGCAUUUCAAAAUGCAAUACCACUGUUUUAGAAUUAACUAUUUUCUAUUCUGUUCGUGUGGUCAGGUGUCUCUAUUCCAAUCUACUUCAAAACUUUGUAAGAAAAGAUUGUGGGCAGGACUUUCUUUCUGUUUUUUUUUAUGUUACUUUUUUAUUCCAAGUUCUCUUUUUAUUUUUUUAUUUUUCAAUUUUUAUUUUUUUUGUCUUAAGUUGGGCUUUGUUUUUCACCACAUUGUGGGCUUGGACAGUGUUUGGCCUACACCUUUUGAUUCUGAGGUGUCAAGUAGUUUCUAUCAUGUGUGAGAAGUGUUUACUGUACUCUUUUAAAAAGCUUCAAAAAUGAAUAUAAAACUCUAUAUAUAAAUCUAUCUAUAUCUACUUGUUCUGAAGGCGUGCUAUCCGUUUUGGUGGGUUUCCUAUUCAGAGGUUUGACUUUCCUGAAGCUCUCGUCAAAGUGCCCCUGAAGAAGGCUUGUGGUUUCAUAGUGAGUGACAGAAAGAGAGGGAGAACAGCCUUAGCAGAUGUAAAACCAAGUUCUCAUUGUUUGGCAUUCUUUCAUUUUUUUCCACUUUUGGAUACUGAUAAAAACUCAUGUCUAUAAAUAAAGAGAAGGUAAUAAUUUAGAUUGAAAUCCAUGGUAAUUCUGUGUCAUUGUAACCAAAAAAUAAGGGUCCAUUUAUAGAAGAAACAAAAACAAACAAAAAAAAAAAAUAUGGCCAAAUACAAAAAGGUGUUGUACACAAUGCAGUUGGAUUCCAAUACACACACACACACACACACACACACACA